AUGCUGAAGUUCCUAUCCAAGGUGAAGAUCGAAUUCAACGCGCUGGACCCUCGCCUGGCGUCUUGCAUGGAGUUCCUGGCGCAGUGCAACGCCCGCAAGGCCAAGGAGUCGAACCCCAGCUGUCAGGUCCAGGUCAAGCGCCGUACCGACGAUUUCCCACCCAGGAUCACCGUCACCUUCGUCAACGGCGUCGAGGAGACCUUCGACGCCACCUCAACGCAUGCGCAGGACAUCCGGACCUUGAUCCUCGAGAAGGGUCAGUAUAUCGAGACCGAGCAGAUGUUCCGCGAGGCGGGCGAGAAAUGGCCUGUUGUUAUCCCCGAUGAGGAGCUCAAUCAACCGUUUACUGGAAUCAAGCCGAAGAAAGCAGAAGAGAAGCAGCAAUGA